GCCUAGAAUGAGCCUUCCCCUCGAUGGGCGAGGUCCAGGAAACCGAAACCCGAGAAAAGGGCGUGGUCCGCCGGCUAAAUUCCCCUCGAUACGCCGGUCGUCCGCGUCCGGCGUGCCGGGACGCUCGGGGCGCUCGCGGGGCGCAGGCUGCCGCUUCCGCACGAGUGCGGGCCCUCCCUGUUGGGGCGUCUGCUCCGCCACCUGCCCCCUGGCACACGGCGGCGAAGGGGUCCCGCGCCUCGAGAGCGGCGGGCGGCGGCGCCCACGUCCCGGAGGCCGGCCCCGCGUGCGCCCACUGCCCUGCGCGGGCUGCCCGGCCUGGGCUGCGAGAUGGCGCGCGCACUACGCCGCCCCGCGGGCGUUUAUUCCCGAAUAGCCUGACGCGUGCUCGCGCCGCUGCGACACUGGCGAGUCGCUCCCCCGAGGCGUUCGGGCCACUUCCCUGGUCGGGCUGACCGGUCCCGGCUCCUGGCGCCGCUCCCGGUGCGUCCGCGGAGGGCCGGCGGCGCGGGUCCAGGGCGGCGCGGGCUCGCGUUCUCCUCCCGAGCAUCGCUUUCCCCGCAGCCCCGAGGGCGCCCCGACUCGAGCGGGAAGCAGUCCUGGGGACGUCACUGAUUCGCAGUGGGAGAGGAGUCGCGAACGAGUGAGAGGGUUUGUGGAAUGCAUUAAACUAUGAAGUUCACAUUUGGAAACUAAUACCUGUUGUUUUUAAACUGCAUCCUGUUUUUUAAAAAAACAAGGUUUCAGCAAUUUUUCUCAGUUGAACAAAGUUUUUAAAAUUGACAAACACUAGGUACAGGAAGGGGAUCCUUAACAGAUCAAGGGGCCACGUGGUGGCGCGCACCUGUGACUCCAGCACGAAGGAAGCUGAAGAAGCGUCACACAAGGCCAGC